CAAAGAACGCCACAAAAUAAUGGAAUGUACGAACCAGCACCUUGUUCUUAUACCGACCCUUCUGCCCUACGAUAAUUACUACUCAGUUGACAUCUUAAUUACUAGGUUUCUACGCCAAGCUAUCGUUGAGUCCCUCCACAGUUUGACCUCCUGAGACGAGAAGGAUCAGACCAAGUGUGCCUCCGAGGAGCAGUUCCCACAUCCCUAGCCACGAGCCAUAUACGACAACAAAAAGACCACAGCAACAAUAACGAUGUCGCAAGGCACAAGUCUGGCUAAUUCGGUCGAAGACCUCGAGAAGCCUUAUCAGCCAAGGACCGAUGUCGAGCAACCACCUCUCGAAUUGGACGAGAAGCCAACAGAAACAGAACCACCGGUCCCCACUUCUGAACCAGUGAAUCCAUUCCACCCAAGUCAGUUCCCCGAUGGCGGCAAAGAUGCAUGGCUGUGUCUACUGGGAGGCUUUUGCUGUCUCUUCUGCUCCUUCGGCUGGAUCAACUGUCUUGGAGUAUUCCAAAACUACUACCAAACCAAUCAACUGCGGGACUACUCACCUUCGUCCAUCGCCUGGAUCGCCAGUAUCGAGAUCUUCAUGAUGUUCUUCCCCGGCCCCAUCGUCGGCUGGGCCUUUGACAACUACGGCCCCAAAUACCUCCUCGUCUUCGGCACCAUCUUCCACGUCUUCGGCCUGAUGAUGACCUCCCUCUGCACAAAGUACUACCAAUUCAUCCUCGCACAGGCUAUCUGCAGUCCCCUUGGUCUCAACUGCAUAUUCAACGCCGCAACAAGCACAAUCCCAACCUGGUUCCUCGCAAAGCGCGGCGCAGCAUACGGCAUCAUGGCCGCCGGCAGCGGCCUGGGCGGCAUCAUCAUCCCCAUCAUGGCCUCGCACCUGAUCCCGCAAAUCGGAUUCGGCUGGACUAUGCGGGCAAUCGCCUUCAUGCUGUUCGGCUUGCUCAUCAUCGCGUCGCUAACGAUCAAAUCGCGCCUUCCACCGCGCCCGCGACCGCUGCGCUUCAAAGUCUUCCUCGAGCCCUUCACUGACGCGCGGUUCGUGCUGCUCACAGCUUCCUCAUUCCUGUUCUUCAUGGGCCUCUUCAUACCAAUCAAUUUCAUCGAGGUCCAGGCCAUCGCGGACGGUAUGAGCGUGAGGCUCGCGGGAUACCUCCUCGCUGUGCUCAACGCGGCGAGUAUCUUCGGCCGUAUCAUUCCUGGUGCGCUUGCGGAUAAAGUAGGCAAGUUCAAUAUGCAGUCCCUGUGGUGCAUUGUGGCGGGUAUCAUUGUGCUUGCGCUCGGUCUGCCGGCGUCGGGUAAUGCGGCGUACAUUACCUUCGCGGCGCUGUACGGGUUCGCGUCGGGCGCUUAUGUGUCUCUGCUUCCUGCGCAGAUGGCGCAGAUUUCGGAGGUGCAGCAAAUCGGUGUCAGGAUCGGCGUCACGUUCGCGGUCGUCUCGUUCGCAGGUCUCAUAGGAAACCCCGUUGCGGGCGCAAUCGUAACGCACAACCACGGGAAGUACUGGGGCUUGAACGUUUUCGCUGGUGUGUUGCUUACUGCUGGCGCAAGUUUGUUCACGCUUACGAGAUUCUACGUUGCGGGAUGGAAGGUUGCCGUGAGGGUUUGA